AUGUCUCAUCUGCAGAUUGAGAUCGACGAAUCCCUCCGUUUCCCGGCAGCGACCUUGAAAAAGAUCAUACGUCGGAAACUGGACAAGCUGCUGUCUGAUGAGCUGGUCCCGCGGGAAGACGGCGCCUCCGAGGCUCGACGCGUCCAGCUGGACAAGGACGCGCAGUUGGCCUUCUCCGCCGCAGCCACCGUUUUCGUGUCGUACAUUACCGCAAUUUCGACUGCAGUUGGGGCAGAGCGAAAACGCACCACGUUGAACAUGGAUGACGUUAUAGAAGCGCUUCGGAGGACCGAGUUUGAGGACUUCGCGGUCGAAGUAGAGCAGUUCGUUCAAAACUGGCGCAUGCUGAACGAGCGGCGCAAGGCGCAGGCACGGCAAGCGCGGGUUGAGCGCAAGCGGAAAGAGCCUGAAAACAGCGACGUCGAGAACGACGACGGCGCAUACGCUUCCGACAUGCCACAGGAAGACACCGAAGAUCCCGAAGAGGACGAUCUGAUAGAGGGUACCUGA